AUGCUAAGGGAUAGAAGAUUGCCACGAGGUCGAGAACAUCUGCAUCGCCCCCUCGACGACUGGGAUGAAGGAUACGAUGACCUCAAAAGGGGCUAUCCCGCAUCCCCACGGGGCCGGCGAGCUCAAUCACCGCUAUACCCGACUCCGCCGCCGGCACCAGAGCCUCCACGAGACACACGGUGGGCCAACGACAAAGAACCCAUAAAACCAGCUACGGGAAGGCGGCACCAUCCCUCCCCGCCAUCCGACCUGGACGAUUUCUCGCGGCGCAGGCCCCAUCACCGAGACGUCGGGCGCCCUCCAGCACACCGGAGCGCAGCAAGAAGCAGAUACCCGUCCCCGCCGCCGCCACGGCUGGACCGUGCACGGUAUCCGGGGUCCGGCCGCCCGUCGCUAGAUGCUCGCGCACCAGGCCCUGCGCCUCGUCCCCGCGAUGCCUCAAAACCCCCAUCAGUAUCCGGCGCAGGGCAAUUGUAUGCCGGCUCACGCUCUAUCUCGCCGUCCCACCGACACGACAGAGACAGGGAUUGGGACCGGGGUCGGGACCGAGACCGGAUCCAUGACCGCGCCAAGAGCCAACCCCGCGACGGAUUCGGAGUCGGAGCCGGCGUACGGCGCCACCGCAGCCUAACCCCACCGCCACGAGCACCUCGCAACCGCAGCCGAAACCAUCAUGACCAUGACCACGAUUAUCUUUACGACCGUGGCCGUGACCGGCGCCGGCGCUCCCCCUCUCCCCCGCCACGCAGCAAAUCAACUUCAGCCGCGUACCCGCCGCCACGUUCCAAAUCCGCCUCUGCAGGCGCCAAACAAGACAGCAGCAGAAAGCACAGAAGCAGCAGCAAACCCCACCUGUCUCCCCUCUGGGGAUCAGUUGCCGUCGCCGCGCUGCAAGCGGGCGGGAUGGCGGCGCUUUCGAUGCGCUCGCAGCCGGGUGCGUGGAAGGGAGAAAAGGGAGCGCGAGUAGCCGGCGCGGCGCUGGGCGCGGUGGGGAAGGAGGUUAUCGCUGGCAAGGGCGGGGCAAAGGGCAAGCGUAAGGGGGGAGGUGGAGGAGGGGAUGUGGCGGCGUUGGGGGGUGCAUUAGGGGGUUACCUGAUUGAGCGGCUGAGUAAGGAUAAGGAUAAGGAGAAGGGAAGCAGCAGCAAGAAAGGGAAGAGUUAUAGUAAAGGGAAGGGUAAAAGUAGAAGAUAA